GGAAUUAAUCGGAGAAUGUGGGGCCGUUUUGGGGCAAUGGUGGCCGAAAGAACCUUCCUUCGCACUAUCCUUCUCUUUACCUCUUCUUCCUCACUCACACCACAAAACCACCCUUCUUACUCUCAAUUGCAAUUUUCUUCGUCACCAUGCACGAUCCACAAGAUCUGAGGAUUACUUCCAGCAUGGAGGAUUCUACUGCAAUGACUAUUGAAUUCUUGCGGGCAAGGUUGCUUUCUGAAAGGUCCAUCUCAAGAAGUGCUCGACAGAGAGCUGAUGAACUGGCUACCAAGGUUGUGGAAUUGGAGGAACAGCUUAGGACAGUGACUCUUCAGAGGAAGAUGGCUGAGAAGGCCACUGCUGAUGUUCUUGCCAUUUUGGAGAAUCAAGGGAUAACUGAUGUAUCUGAAGAAUUUGAUUCAGGCUCAGACCUUGACAAUCCUUGUGAUUCUGGUGUGAGUAAUGAGUCUGUGAAAGAGGUUGAGGGACCUAUGAGCUCAAAAGGAAGAAGACAUGGGUCAGAAGAAAUGUCUGGUUUCAAUCUAGAUUCUUCGCCAGUAUCCAGUAAAAGUUUGUCUUGGAAAGGACGUCAUGAUUCUUCCCGCUCCCUUGAAAAGUACAAGACUUCUAAUUUGAGAAAGCAAAGCAGUUUUUCAUCCAUUAAUUCUUCUCCAAAGCAUCGCUUAGGAAAGUCUUGUCGCAAGAUAAGACAUAGACAUACCAGGUCAGUAGUGGAGGAGUCUAGAGAUAAGUCUGUUGAAGUUAACUGCCAAGAAAAUGAACUUGUAUCCUCUUCUGAAGGAUUUCCAAAUAUCUCAGAUGGUGGGUCUAACAUCCCAAGAAUAGAAUCUAAAAUUCAGGAAGAAGAUGAAUCAGAGGCUAGCAUACUCAACGAAAAUCGUCAUGUAGAUGGAAGAGAGAAGGACAUGGAAAAGGCACUUCAACACCAAGCCCAACUUAUUGAUCAAUAUGAAGCAAUGGAGAAGGUUCAAAGAGAAUGGGAAGAGAAAUUUAGAGAGAAUAACAUCACAACGCCAGAUUCAUGUGAUCCGGAGAAUCACUCAGAUAUGACAGAGGAUAAAGAUGAAAGUAAGGUUCAGAUUCCAUGCACUCCUAAGUUAGUUGCGUCAAAUGCUCAAGAGGAUAAAGGAGAAUCAAUAGGUGUUUGCUUAUCUAAAGAAAAGUUUGAAGCCGGGGCCAGAGAUAUUGUGCCAAAAUCAUUUGAUGAUAGAGGUUACAAUAACCAGAAGGGCACAACUUUUAGCACUUCUGAUUUGCUUGGUCAAGAAAAUUCUCAUUUCCCACUGGAGGGAAACCAAAACGAGAGCUCAGUUAACUGCCACUGUCAGUAUUCAAAUAUGAACCAUCAAGAUUCACAUAGGCAUGGUUACCCUGAUUGCAAGCCAGCUUAUUCCUUUCCCACUGAUGUUCAUGGUGGUCCGCACCAAAAUGAUGCUUCAAGAAACAAAAAUGAUCUUUACGCAUUAGUUACUCGUGAACAAUCUCACCAGUUCAAUGGUGUACUUGAAUCACUUAAACAAGCUAGGAUAUCUCUACAACAGGAGCUCAAUAGGUUGCCACUAGUUGAGGGUGGGUACACUGGUAAAGCCAUUACAUCAUCAUCAGCUCCUGUUAAUAAAAGGGAGGAUAGAUUUGAAAUUCCUGUUGGGUGUUCUGGUCUCUUCAGACUUCCAACAGAUUUUUCUAACGAAGCAACUGCUAGAUUCAAUGUUCAUGAUUCAACUUCUGGAUUUAGUUCAAACUUUUAUCUUAAUAGAGGCAUAUCUACAACUUCUGAUGGUCAUUCUUUCACCAAUCCUUACUCUGGCACAACAUUGAGCUUGUCUGCCGAUGAUCAAUCUCGUGGCAUCCGCUACUUGGAAAAUGGGUCAAGAUUUGAUUCUAAAACAUCCCCUUUUGAUCCUUUCUCAAAUGGAGGUCCUCUAUCUUCUGGUAAAUACAUGUAUCCCACGUUUCCCAUCAAUCCAUCCUAUCAAAAUGCAGCACCACAGAUGCCAUUUGGUGAUGAACUUUCAAGACCCUAUUCAAGUAGCACAGUCGGGCUUCCUCUUCCUUAUCGUUUCUCAUUCAGUGGUGAUCACUUGAGAUGAAAGUGUAUAUAAUCCCAUUAGGUUGCUAGCUGCUUCUUUAAUGGUGUUAAAGUGAUGCUUUUUAUUUGUCUUGUACCUUGAAGGUGAUUAUCUGUAUUCUCUCUUGUUGUGUUGGGAGGAGAUUUAUUUAUGGGUAAAAUACACUAUAAAUUCUUCUAUUUCUUGGUCAUCGAGGUUUUGUCUUCAUGUCGUGGAUUUUAUCAUCAUGCGAAACUUUGAGAAUGAUAAUGUGAAACAUGCUAUUUAAUAAAUAUUAUUUUAGUCAAUG